CAAGUUGAUAAAAUACAAAUUGCAUUUGAUAAAUGGCACUUAGAAAUGCGAUUAAUGUGUUUGAGAUAAAAUUAGGAGGCAAGAACACAAAAGUUGAGUGUCCUCUAUUAUUUGAACCCUAAUUCCAUUGACGCUUUCAUACUUUGUGGAUUCAGUUGCAGUCUGUGGGUAUGGUCUCGAUUUAAUAUAUCUCGGAACAAACAGCACAAAAUCGGUGUCUCUAGAGGAUUCCAUGGCAGGCAAUGGCCUGCCAGCUCUGGGUCGUGUGAAGCUCAGUGAUUUGAUACCAUUGGAAGGUCUUCCUUCUGAUUCGUAUAAAUUAUCGGUCUCAACUUUGUCACAGUCAUUGGCUCAGUAUUCAGCUGCCAUUAUCCAGUUAUCGACAAGUGAUGGAGCACUUUUAAGGUCUAGUUUAGAGUCUGCUCGACUUUACUUUCAACACAAACCCUCUUAUCCUGCUGCGGAUGUUAUUCAUUCUGAUGACUCUCGUGAGUGGUGUAAGACCUCUGGUUACCAUGCAGAUCCUCAACAAUGGCAAGAAACUUAUGAUUUCAGGCCAGGGCUUACUCCUACGGAACCCAACAGUGAUAUUGAGUUCCCUCCUGCUGGUUUGUCUGACAUAUUCUCUGUGCUUGGAAGAGCAGCAAGAGAUAUAUUGGACGCCAUCAGCUUCUAUUUAAAUCUGCGUAGCUCCCCAUUUACUGAAAUACUUGAUAAUGUUCCCCUCAGAAACCGAGAAAUAUCGUCCUCUGUGUUAUCCGUAUGUUGUCAUGCCAGGCCAUCUUUUGAGGGUGCUCAGCACCAUAGUCUGACAACGCAAGAGGAUGGUCAGUUAGGGAUGUUCUCAGAUCAUGAACAUCAGGUUGACAGAAGCCUUGUUACGAUUGUUAAGUCGGAUAAGCCUGGUUUACAUGUGAGAGAUUUUCACGGUCACUGGGUUCUUGUGGAUAGUGAUCUUGGCCCCCAAGAAGCAAUUGUUUAUCCUGGCCUUGCUUUAUAUCAGGCAACUGCGGGCUAUAUCAGCCCUGCACUUCAUCGGACAGACGUUGGUAAUCAGCAGGGUAGCAUAUAUGGACGAUCUUCUCUUUCUUUUAAACUUAUGCCCAAGUCCAUGACCAACCUCAAUUGUUCAGAGAUGCGGGCUGCUGGUCAUGGGGUUGAAGCUCAAUUCCAGCUUCCCGUACCGGUUGACGACUUUAUGCAGAGAUCAACUGAUCAGUUGCUUAACAGGAGCAAUUUCCCGACGUUCAACUUUCCAACAGCCCAAGAUGGAUCUAUGAAGCCCAUGAUGAGGAGGAGGAAGAGUAACUCAAGAUCUAAACCUCUUCCGCCUUCAAAGAGGUUGAGAUUGGAGGCACAAAGAGUUCUGAAAGAGAGAGUUCAAGAUAUAGCUGAUAAGAAGGGCAUCAAGCUGAGGUUCUGCACCUUAAAGGAUUGUGAAAGUCACAUCCAGUCACUUGAUAGCCCGUGUACGAACAUAAGAAUGGAGAUUGGAUGGCCACCGGGAGUUCCAUUUGUUCACCCACAUGAUCUCCCAAAUAAGGCUAAGAUUGGAUUUCUUGAAACAUAUGAACCUGGUUGGUCUGCAACUCAUGAUAUGGAGUUAAGCCUAAUCGAUCCCGGACAGCCAAGUCAACACACUGCUAACUGUAACUAUCAUUCCCCUAAUUAGCCUUGCUUUUCUGCAUCAGCAUCUAUAAUUAAGCAGUGCAUGUUUCUGGUUUCUUUAGUCGCUUAUAUAUUAGAGAUUGCAUAUAAGUUGACAUCCUUCCCAUCUUCUGCAUUAGCCAUGUUACUCGUACUAUUAAUCCAUUUGAGGAAGUGUCAGGUACUUCAUAUGUUUUUGCUUUCCACUUCUCGUAGCUUUUAGUAAUAGUUGAGAAAAGAGGAUAAAAUUAACUUCUAGUAUGAGCCCCUAACAGCCUGCGGGGUCUAUAUUUACGUCAAUUAAAAAGACACUUUGUUCUCACAAACUUUGGAGAACGUAAGGUACAACUCCUCAAAGAGGGCAAGGAAGAGGGGCUUUAUGGAGUGUGGACUGUGGACUAAAUGUGGGUUUCUCUGAGCACGAACCAAUACUUGACGCAGAUUUUCCAAUGCACUGUUGAAGUUUAUCUAGUCAGACCAUUUCUGUUUAUCUACUAAUGCAUUCUAGAAGUUCACACCCUCUCUGUUCUUUUCUUUUUGACUCUUGUAACUACUGAAGCAAAAAUGUGUU